CAAAAUUGUCACCUUGGAACAGCGCCAUGGAGGGAAACUACGGCAACUAUGGCAACUACUCGACUACCACGUACAACUCCGGCGGGGAAGCAGGCGGCGGUGGAUUCAUGCCUGGAGGCUCUCAAACAAGUCCAAGCGGAGGCGGAGGAUUCAAAAACGAGAGUCUGCGGCCUGUUACUAUCAAGCAGCUCCUAGAAGCCGAACCAGAUGGCUCCGAGUUCAAGAUCGACGGUUCGCAAAUUCACCAGGUUACAAUAAUCGGUCAAGUGCGCAAUAUUUCCACGCAGACGACAAACAUUACGUAUCGGCUUGAUGACGGAACUGGAGUGCUCGAGGUCAAGGUCUGGAUCGACCCAGAGGCUUACGAUGUGAACCGACCGCAGAUCACAGAGAACACAUAUGUACGCACAUGGGGCCGGCUGAAGGCCUUCAGCAACAAGCGACAUCUGGGCGCACAUUUCAUCCGGCCACUUCAGGACCUGAAUGAGAUUAACUACCAUCUGCUCGAGGCCACCUUAGUGCAUCUUCAAUGCACGAGCGGUCCGCCCGGCGAAGCUGGCAAGGGCGGCGUGGCAGCCAAAGGAGCUGUUGGCGACACACUACCAGCGGGCUUGUCAAAUGCAGCCAGAGCCAUCUACAAAAUACUCAAGACCACACCAAGCGGCAACGAAGGUCUUCAUGUGCAAGAUAUUGCUUCGAGGACAGGCCUAGAGUACGCUGAUGUUGCGAAAGGCGGUGAUGAAUUGCUAAAUGCUGGUUUGAUAUACACAACUGUCGAUGAUUCUACUUGGCAGAUUCUGGAGAUGGGUAAUGGGUACUAAGACAUCUGGAAAGAAGGACAACGGUUUAUGAAAUGAGACCAUCUGCACAGUUUGGCUUUGGGAAUUGCAUGCACGCAUGUGAACGAAGGAAAACUUCCUGGCAUCGAGCUUCCAGCUUUGAAGCGUAUACGGUAUGAGUAUCCUUUGCACACUCGUAGAUGUUUGCAAUGGGACAAAUAAUGACUCCCCAAUAUGAAAGAAUGCCAUCAGCUAGACAUCAAUGAUCACACCACACAUUCGGUCCGACCAUGAGCUUUAUGUAGAUCAAAGCGACUGCAGCU